UCGGACGAAGUGCUCUCCGCCAUUGUAAACAGCGGCCGACCGUCUUGUGUUAGGCAACAUGUCCGCCGAUCAUAGCUACUCUGUAUUGUUUGGUAAGGUCGUCCAUGAGUAAUUCGUGCAGCUGCAUAAAAACCCACAAUACUGACCCUAGGUAUGAUAAGAGAGUUUUAGGAGAGUUGUCAUUUAGAUGGACGAAGACUGGAUGUUGUGCAUUUAUGCAUGCAACUCGUCUUCGUUUUUAACAUGAUUUUAAACAUCAGAUAUCGAGUGUACUAUGCAAGUAUUCGUAGCUAUACUGUCAGUGUUCAAUAUUAUGAAUAAGUUUGUCUGAUUUGAAGACAUAUUUUACAUUGUUAUUAUGUGUUGACGAGGGGCACACAAUGGGAAGGACCUACAAAGGGACAUAACUUUACUUUUGCAAGACAUGCAAGAAAUGUUAUCCGGUAACGUGCACGUAUGAUAUCACGUUUUGACCAUUUUCAAGACAACCAUAACAUAUAUAUACUAUUGUAUACAAUGUAUUCCCUAUGGGAAUCCUAAUGUAUAUAUUCACUAUCAAAGAAGAAGUAAACUGUUACCAAAUAUUUUUGAAUUACAUCGGUUUAUUUCAUACCAUGUCUAUUUUAAGAAGACACAAACUUAAUUUGUCUUGUGCCAUUUCUUCAUCAGCACCAUCAUGAUAUUGUAUCUGUAUGUUCUUGACAAUGUUGUUGCAGCAUCAAAGGAUGGUAACGAGGCCAAAAGUAAAGAGUUCAAGGAUUUCGAUAAUGUCAUCUCCGAAUUUAUGAAGGAUCAAGGAAUUCCUGGUCUCGCGUUGAUAAUCAGUUUCCAUGGAAACGUGAUAUAUAAGCAAGGCUACGGGAUGGCAGGUGUUAACAGACCAGUGACGUCAUCAUCUCGGUUCCGCAUCGCGAGCAUUAGCAAACCUCUCACAGCCAUAGGCCUGAUGCGACUGGUCGAGCAGGGUCAGCUGACCCUAGACGAUAAGGUGUUUGGGCCCAAGGGCAUCCUGAAAGAAUUCAAACCAAGCGCCAAGGGAGAUAAGCGUGUUUUACAGAUAACAGUUCGUCAUCUGCUGCAUCACUCGGCCGGCUGGGAUCGGGAUCAGGCGGGAGACCCGGUCUUCUUCAACCUCGACGCCAUAGACGCAAAACACGGAGUCGUCUCACCUAUCAGUGACCAGUUUAAUGUCAAACUGGUAAAAUUUAUGAUGACAAGGAAGUUGCAGUUUGCACCAGGUAAACGUCAUGCAUAUUCCAACUUUGGCUUCCUGGUUCUGGGUUUGGUGUUGGAGAGAAUUACACAGAUGAAAUACGAAACCUUUAUGAGGACGAUCUUUCUGAGAAUGGGUCUCCAUCGACUACGAGUGGGCUUCACGAAACGGAUCCUCUGUGAUACAGAUGAGGUUGAAUAUUUCAACAAUAGAGACCCAGCCAUCCUGAAGUCCCUCUUUCCCAACGAGGGUUUGGUCCUGCCUCAAUACGGUUCCUUCAGUAUGGAGAACACAGGAGCAUACGGAGGCUGGGUGGCAUCAGUGGGCGACCUGUUGGCCGUACUGCAUUCUCUGCAGCGUGUCUGUGGAGAUGAAAAUUCUGUAGGGAGCAUCAAAUAUACCCAAGGACCAGACCCAAAGAGCUGCCAGACACCUCCAGGGCGUAAGGAGAGGCUUCAGAGUUGGCAUCAAUCCACAUCUAAUAUUGAUGUUAAACCAAUAGAUCAUGAUGGUCAGAGUGCAAGGCAGAGGGAUGCAGAUGGGAUGCAUAAUGAGGCUGAUGUUAAGAGGAUAAAAUUCUGUCACCGAUAUGUCAAAGAUAGCUGUUUCACAUAUGAAGAUUCCGCACCUCGUCACCAGUCUGAGGUGGAGAUUUGCGAGUGUGAUACGUCUCAGGAUUGUGAUGCUGAUAUGUCCCACAGCUGUCUGGAGUGUCAGACAUUCACACCAUUCGGGGUUCCAAUUCAAGACAAAUACCCUCCCUUGAAUAGCUAUUGUGAGUUUGAGAGUCAAAGGAACAAUUGGGUGAAUGAUGACACAGCUGGAAAUGCUGACUGUAAACAAAAAGAAUCAUUAGAUAGCCCCAAUCGUGAAUGUUUACUUGAGGCUUUCACGGUUGCUGAAAUGCUGGCCAGACCAGGCUGUCAGAAUGGUAAUCAGUGGUACGGUCUUGGUUUAGAUGUCCAGGAUUGUGGAACCUCUUUUGGACACACUGGAGCUAUGGAAGGUUCGUGUGGGACAAUGAUGCAUCAUAAGUCAGGGUUUAGCUGGGUGAUGUUAAUGAAUUCUUGGUCAAGAGACAUGGAUUUAGACGGACUUGUUAAAUACGCCCUAAGUACUGUUAAAGGAUACCCCCUCUAUUAUGAAGCAGAUGAGGACAAGAACAUUCACGAGAUCAACUCUCAGGACGACCAAGAGAAGGUGCUGCUGCUUGUUCCUCUACCAGACGUCCAGGCACAGAUUGCACAUGCUGAGUCAGCUGGUUUUAUGCUUACGUGGAUUAAUGCAUCCAAUAUUGACAUGAAAGUUUAUUUUAAUCUAAUUUUUCGACAAUCCAUCACCCGUUGGUCGGUAUAUUUUGAUAUUGACGAUGAUGGCUUUUCUGUAAUUCUUCAGCAGGAGGAAAAUAGAGAUCGUCAACCAGUUCUAAUAGAAUCAUAUACGAAAGAUGACAAAAUAUUCUAUUGUAUUUUAUUUCAUGAAAGUACAGACCAUAAUCAAGGGCGAAUAGUAUCGCCAAUAGUGCCCGCUAAAGUGUAUCUCAAAUUGAUAUCUGAAAAACGAGCUAGCGGCAUGAAGGUGACCUGCCAGUCAGCAUCUGUUUCAAACGGUGAUAUCUACGUAUCGUCCAUCUUUCGAAACACCGACGAAGACACCGAUUCGUGGCUCCAGAUAACACCGGAGGAGUUUCUCGUCGAGCAACAGCGACAGAUGAAGAAAUCUCGCGACUUAAAAUAUGUCAAGUUUUAUUCUUUAGGCGAAGAACCCUUUGUCAGUGCUCUUUGGACAACUGAUGCCAAUGCCUCCAAUCGAUACCAGAGGUAUGGUGCUUCCAAGUAUGGUCUGUUACAAGAGCUGCGUGAAGCGGCCUCCAGGAACCUUAGACUUCAGUCAUGCUCUUCGUAUAUGUCAGAUGGUGUCUUGAACUUUGCAGCUGUGUGGAAUCCAUCUGAUGUUUAAAAGCUGUGACCAGCUGCAAGCAGUGUUGUCGAGAUGAAGGAGCAGAUUGCUCGAAACAAAGGGAAGUUUUUACCAAAAAAUGAAUAAAAACUAAGACUAUA